UUUACUUCUUUUCAGUCUCUUUCUAUGUUCCUUUCAUACUUCGUGACAUUUCAUAUUUUGUCUUUCCAAAUUUUCUCUCUAACUACGCGCUUAAAAAUAUAAAAAAAAAUUUGUUUGAAAAUAUAUAAGAAAGCAGUUCAAUAUCAAACAUCCAAUAAAACGUAUUUAAUAAAUAACAGGCAGAAAAUUCGUGUCAUUUAAUCUAUAAUUUAUCUUUCAUAACAUCCGUUAAAUGUCAGAAGUCCCAGCCAGAAUACUUUGAAAACAGUACAAAUAUAUUAUACCUUGCCACAAAUUAAAAUACACGUCACAUAUUUAAUUAUAAAUAAUACGUACAUUAUUUGUAUUUAAAUUAAUUAUUAAGUACUAAUAACCAUGAAUGACCAUUUUUUGUCAACUAAGGUGGGUUUCAUUGGUGGUGGAAAUAUGGCCAGUGCUAUUGGUGCUGGUUUAAUUCGUAAAGGUAUUUUAGAUCCAAACAAUGUAUGGGUUUCUGCUCGUACUUCUAAAACUCUAAGCUUUUGGAACGACUUAGGUGCCCAUGCUACUUUAAAAAAUGGAGAAGUAGUGGAUAAUUGUGAAAUCAUAUUUUUAGCUAUGAAGCCUCAAAUGCUUGAUGAUGCACUUAAGUGUACCAAAGAAACAAUGACAAUACAUCAUCACUAUAAACUUUUUGUUUCAGUUCUUGUAGGAGUUACAUUAGAGACUUUAUCUAAUAAACUUAAAUCUAUUGUUAGUCAUCCUAGAAUAAUUAGAUGUAUGCCUAACACUCCAAUGAUGGUUGGAGAAGGAAUAACAGUAUAUUGUUCUGUGAAUGCAACGGUUCAAGAUGAAGUUAUGGUAGAAGAGUUAUUGUCAUAUAUUGGUGUAACUGAACAUGUUCCUCAGUCUCUUAUGAAUGCUAUAGGUGCUCUUUCAGGAUCUAGUCCUGCUUAUGCAUAUCUUGUUAUAGAAGCAUUAGCAGAUGGUGCUGUAAAAAUGGGGGUUCCAAGACCUAUGGCAACAAAAUUUGCAGCUCAAGUAUUGGUUGGAGCUGGUAAAAUGGUGUUAGAAACAGGCAAACAUCCUGGUCAGUUAAAGGAUGAAGUAUGUUCUCCAGGAGGUACAACUAUUGCAGGCAUUCAUGCUAUGGAAUGUGGGCAAGUCAGAGCUUCUAUGAUGAAUGCAAUUGAAGCUGCAGUAAAGAGGGCAAAUGAACUAACGUCCUUAACGUCCAUAACACAAUAAAGUUCAACAUAAAGAAAUGUAUAAAAUAUCAAAGACAUGUGAUGAUAGAAUUAUAUUAUUCCAUUAAUACCUUUUAAAAA